AAGGUGCGCGAGUCGGCCCUCACUCAGGGGCAGCAGGAAACAAUAGAGGCCGCGCGCGUAGAGCGAGCGCCCGCUGCCUCCCCGCCCCUCUCGCAAAGCUCAACCCGAUCCCACUGGCUUGUCUGCCCGCCAUGGCCGACAAGGAAGCAGCCUUUGAUGACGCAGUAGAAGAACGUGUGAUCAAUGAAGAAUACAAAAUAUGGAAAAAGAACACUCCUUUUCUUUACGAUUUGGUGAUGACCCAUGCUCUGGAGUGGCCCAGCCUAACUGCACAGUGGCUUCCUGAUGUAACCAGACCAGAAGGGAAAGAUUUCAGUAUUCAUCGACUUGUCCUGGGGACACACACGUCAGAUGAACAAAACCACCUUGUGAUAGCCAGUGUGCAGCUCCCUAACGAUGAUGCUCAGUUUGAUGCUUCACACUACGACAGUGAAAAAGGAGAAUUUGGAGGUUUUGGCUCGGUUAGUGGAAAAAUUGAAAUAGAAAUCAAGAUCAACCAUGAAGGAGAAGUAAACAGGGCACGCCAUAUGCCCCAGAACCCUUGCAUCAUUGCCACAAAGACUCCAUCCAGUGAUGUUCUUGUUUUUGACUAUACGAAACAUCCUUCUAAACCAGACCCUUCUGGAGAGUGCAACCCAGACUUGCGUCUCCGUGGACAUCAGAAGGAAGGCUACGGGCUUUCUUGGAACCCAAAUCUCAGUGGGCACUUACUUAGUGCUUCAGAUGACCAUACUAUCUGCCUAUGGGACAUCAGUGCUGUUCCAAAGGAAGGAAAAGUUGUGGAUGCGAAGACCAUCUUUACAGGGCAUACAGCAGUAGUAGAAGAUGUCUCCUGGCAUCUGCUCCAUGAGUCUCUGUUUGGGUCAGUUGCUGAUGAUCAGAAACUUAUGAUCUGGGAUACUCGUUCAAACAAUACUUCCAAACCAAGCCACUCAGUUGAUGCUCACACUGCUGAAGUGAACUGCCUUUCUUUCAAUCCUUAUAGUGAGUUCAUUCUUGCCACAGGAUCAGCUGACAAGACUGUUGCCUUGUGGGAUCUGAGAAAUCUGAAACUUAAGUUGCAUUCCUUUGAAUCACAUAAGGAUGAAAUAUUCCAGGUUCAGUGGUCACCUCACAAUGAGACUAUUUUGGCUUCCAGUGGUACUGAUCGCAGACUGAAUGUCUGGGAUUUAACGCUGUAG